CGUGGCGUGAGUCUGUACGCGCUCUGCUGUCAGAAACAGAAGAUGCUUGACACGCUUUACCGCCUAUUUUAAACCUUUCUAUUUCUGCUUUUUUAUUCCGCUGUCGUGUUACCCACAGAUAUUUUUGUACUCCAGAAUAUUUCCAGCCAUCUGUUCUGGUAGCAGAGAAGAAGGCUUGAAAAGCGGAGGAAAAACAUCUUGGUAAUUGGCUUGAUGGAUGGUCAUGGGGCAUAUGGUGGAUUGUUAUGAUUAUUAUGCGACCACUGAAUCUCCAAAUUUCAAGAUGUCUGAGGUGGAAUCCAUAAAUUUCCCAGAAUGCACUAUAAAGGAGGAAAUUCCACCACCAAGUUGUACCAUGGAAACAGAGAACUGUCAUAACAACAGCCAGCAAAAUAUAGAUGGUAACCAUGGACAGCUCCAAAAGAAUCUGAAGGCCAAAGGGAAGCUGGUUCGGAGUACAGCAGUAUGCGACGAGCCUGUACCCAAUGAGGAGAACAGCAGGGAGAAAGAGAGCAAAACAACUAUAUCUAGUAACCAUGGUGACAGUCCUGAGUAUGAACAAGAGGGAGAGGAAAAGAGCAAAGAGGGCAUCACUUCCAAGAAACCAAGUUUAUCUAAAGAGCCUAGUGUGGAGUAUACAGACUCCACAGGUAUUGAUCUGGAGGAAUUUUUAAUCACUACUUUGAAGAGCAGUCCCCGGGACAGACUGAUGCUCUUAAAACUGGAACAAGACAUGAUAGACUUCAUGACAGACAACAGUUCCUACAAGAAGUUCCCUCAGAUGUCCUCGUAUCACAGGAUGCUGGUUCACAGGGUUGCGGCUUAUUUUGGUCUGGAACACAAUGUGGAUCACAGUGGAAAAUCGGUUAUCAUCAACAAAACCAGCAAUUCCAGGAUACCAGAACAUCGAUUUGGUGAACACGUUCAGGAGGAUAAGACAGAGGAAAGAAGAUCAAUACUAAAAAGAGACAGCAGUCAGGAAAAAGAAGACAGUCAGUUGAGAGUUCCAUCACUUAAAGAACAGAUGAGGAGCAGGUCAAUAGAGGAGAGAGAGGAAGAGUAUCAGAGAGUUAGAGAUCGCAUAUUCUCCCAUGACUCUACUUGCCUUUCACAGAGUGUCUAUAUUGAGACCAGAGGCCUAGAGGAUAACAUCAAUCUUAAUGACACCCAGAAAAGGAGACAACUCUUUAGGGGUAACAGGGAUGGUUCCGGUCGGCUGUCUGGCAGCAGGCAGAGCAGUUUUGAGCUGGACUCUCAUUGGAAUGACCCUCGACCUUGGAGCAGCACAGAUUCUGACAGCCCGACAUGGACAUCUAAAUCUACAUAUACAGGCUCAGACAGCAGCUCCAAACUGUGCAAACCAGUAUCUGAGUCAGCGUUGUGCUACGCUGCACCCAACAGCAGCCCUGCUUAUGUCAUCGUGCCUGCUGAGUCAUCGAUACCUCCUGGGAGUGUUUUAUUAAACCCACACACAGGGCAGCCCUUCCUGAAUCCUGAUGGAACUCCAGCUGUUUACAACCCACCUGUAAGUCAGAAGCCAAUCAGUGGCCAAGUGCAGUCCCAAGCCCCACCCCCUCUACCCCAGCAGCAGCCAAUAGCAAGCCAUGGUGUCACACAGGUUCAGUACUCUUCUAUGACGUACCUUCCACCCCAGCAGUUAAAUGUUUCUACCGCUCAGCAACAUCCAAUAGAACAGACUAGGGAAGACAUCGUCUCUAAGUUUGGUCACAUGACCUUGAGUCGCCAGUCUUCGGGAGAUGUUCCAGAAAUGACCUCCUACUACAUGCAAGGGGCUCCGCCCACACACAGCUAUCCUCCGCCUCACCACGGUUACGCUCCAUCUCAUCAUUCAGACAGUUACAUGAGCCCUGCUAUGGCACUGGCAACACCCACAGUCCCGCCACCUCAGACCCCCAGUCAGCAGAGCAAUCAGGUUUCAGUAUACAGUUACCCUAUUCAAUGUCCCAGUGUGUCUCAACAAUACGGUGCAGCCAGUUACAGCGCACAAACAGGAUAUUCGCCUAUGACUAUAUCUAACCAACAAGGCUGCCCCGGCACAAUAGGAAGUCAGAUUAUGGGACCUUACCCAUCUGUAUCCUCAUAUCAGGUACCGCAACAGCAGCAGUCUUAUCCAUCUACAAUGCUGGUGUCAGGGCACGGUGGACAGACACAGUGUUUGGUGCCCCCUGCUGGAGUUCAAAUAUACUGCAACUCUUUGGCCCCCUCUCCACCUCCAUCACUCAAUAUGUUGGGGGUCUCCUACCAGACAAGUAGCUGCAAAAAUGGCUGUAACAUGAAUCAGAACCAGUGCUGGUACUGAAAGAAGCUAUGUAUUCACCUGAUCACAGGUUGACAGUAAAAACCAAACAAACUCUUUUUACAGUAUUUACAGUAGCAACAAAAUAAUGUCCCACAGUCUGUAGCAACUGAGUCUGAUCUCAUCUUUCAGAUUCUGCCGUUUUUGUUGGAGUUGUUUGUCACAAGUUUGAUCAGAAUUUUACAUAUGUGCUAUGAUAGCAGUUAUUAAUUUAUACGAUUUACACCAUCACUUGUGUUUUUGCUCGACACGUAAGAUACAGUAUAUAUAGAUAUUUUAUGAUACUAAAUGUAUCUUGUUUAUAAAAGUCUAUAGGCUAUUACUUGACUGAAAUUAACUUCACACAAAAUUAUAUUAAAAUAACCCUUCACAAAAUGUUAUUAUAACGUUUGACAGGAAUUUACAGCAGUGUUGUUUCUUAAAUAUACAGUAUAUGAUCCUACCAGUUUGAUGGACUUGCUUGUUGUUUCCACACAUGUACAGUGAGGGAAAUAAGUAUUUGAUCCCCUGCUGAUUUU